ACAUCCUUCUGCCAAACCCAUUUUUCACGAAUCAAAACAGCCCCAUUUUCUCCAUGUUUUUUUUUAGCUUCCAACUGAACUAAAACAAAAUGAAUUAAAGGAAUGGAGGAAAAGUUCAAGUUGCCUAACUCCUCCUCCAGAAGCAUCAUCAUAGUCAUCUUCAUCCUUUCAUCAAUUCUUUUUGUUUUUCCUUUCAUUUCUUCCAACAGUCGAUCUCCACCUCCUUCACAAAAUCUCAAUUAAAAACUAAAAGAUUAGAUAAAGAAAUGGUGAGGAAGCUGAAAUCCAAGCUUUGAUAGAAGGAGCAAAUAGCCGAGGAGAAGAAGGAAUAAAAUAAUAUAUCGACUCAUCGAAGGGGCUGGUCAGGCGAAGCUCGAAGAGUGGAAGACCGGGAAAAAAAAAUGGGGGGGAAGGAGAUUAGCGUUGAAGUUUUGUUGAUGCCGCAUAAUCGACUAUGAUUCUUAUUGCCUCAAAUCAACAGGGCGAGUUGAUAUAGGAUAUUGAUUCUGAUGCUAAACUUGUGGACAUGAGAACACCAAGGUGAGUAAUCUCACUGUAUAUAUAAAUAUAAUUGCAUGAUAAUUAAUUAGGAUAAUUGCAUGAAACCAGGAUGCAUGUCUACUGUUUGCUCAGUCAAUCUUGAUUGAAAAUGUUGCAUAUCAUGUUUGUCCCAUGUGUGUACUUUAUCACGCUGGGUCUUCAAGCCACUCCGGCUGAAAUAAAGAAGGGUUUCAAAAGGGCCGUUUCAGCUCCUUGGUCUGAGAAAAUUCGUUACCAGGGUGAUGGAAAGCCAUUUUGGAAACUUAAUGUUUCUGAGGCGACUGGCUGUGAUAAUGUUGAUUAUUUUGAGGAAGUUUAUGAGUACUAUGCCCAUGGUAAUGUGUGGCAUCUUCCAGUAGGAGCUCAAGAGACAAUAUCUGUUUUGAAAGAUUCAGGAGAGGUUGGGCAUGAAAACCCGGAUCCCAAAAUAUUCACUGCUGCUUUGGAUAUGCUUUCCGUGGAAGCUACGAGAGGCCUUCAUGUUGGAGACGAUCUCAAGGCUGAUAAAGAAGGAGCCAAUGCAGAUGGCAUGGACUGCUGGUUAUGGAGCAAAGAUGUGAAGACAUUUUCGGAUAUUCAAAGGCGAAUCCUUCUGGCAGAACCAUAA